AUCAUUCCAGUUGUGUGGUACAGCAAGUUUGUUUUAAAGUAGGAAGCUAUCUUAUCUCUUUUUAAUUGCUUUAUUUUUUAUUAUCUGGGGUCCGUAUAUGAAGGGGUCAGUCUGACAAAACAAGAGUCUUGUUCUUGAUCAUUCGUGCGUGAAGAUCAAGAAGCCGGACCAUGGACCCGAUUAUGCUUACGGUUGCCCUUGCGGUGCUCUUCGUAGCUCUUAUUUACCACUGGGCCACUCGCAAUUUCAACUAUUGGAAGGAUAGGGAGAUCGAGUUCAUCCCACCUGUGCCCUUCUUGGGCUCGAUAUGGUCUGUAUUGACCCUGCGUGAGCACAUGGGACAGUUCUUCUGGCGCAUGUAUGACAAGUACAAGGGUGAUCAUCAAUUUGUCGGAUACUUCCAGAGUAAUUCCCCUGGACUUAUUGUGACGGAUCCAGAGCUUGUAAGAAGUAUCAUGAUUAAGGAUUUCUCACAUUUUGUCGAUCAUGGUUUUGAGAUUGAUGAAGAAGUUGACCCAAUGCAGUCGAGAAAUUUAUUCAACAUGGAAGGCCAGAAGUGGAAGGAUAUGAGAAGCAAACUGUCGCCGACCUUCACCUCUGGAAAGAUAAAAGGAUUAUUCCCUCUCGUUGAAACUUGCGCCAAAAACUUUGAAAAUUAUAUGCGCGACCACCAGAGAGAGAAUAUUAAUAUUAAAGAUUUACUGGCAAGAUACACAACAGAUAUAAUAGGUUCUUGUGCCUUUGGGCUGCCAGUGGACUCAAUUAAAAAUCCAGAGGAUAAAUUCAGAGUCAUGGGAAGGAAGAUUUUUGAUAUCGACUUGAUUCAGGGCUUAAAAAAUGCGUGCAUUUUCUUCCUGCCCAAAGUUACAAAAUUUUUUAGGUUUACCUUUUUCCCUAUGGAAGUGACUCAAUUCUUCCGCAAGUUGGUUAAAGACAUUAUUGACCAGAGGAAAAAGAGUGGAAACACGCGGAAGGAUUUCAUGCAACUUCUAAUUCAGCUCAAGGAGCACGGAAAAGUUGCUGUAGAAGAGGGCGAAACGGAGGAGUUGGAAACGCAUGAACCAAGCUCCAUUGAAAAUCUGACCGACGACGACAUUGUGGCCCAAGCGGUUGUUUUCUUCAUUGCUGGCUUCGAAACGUCCUCUUCGAUGCUGACCUUUGGUAUAAUGGAAAUGGCUCGGCACCCAGACGUUCAGCAAAGAGCUCGGGAUAACAUUGAAGAAGUUUUGUCCAGGCAUGGUGGAAAAUUGAGUUAUCAAGCGCUGCAGGAAAUGACAUAUCUUGAUUGGAUUAUUCAAGAGGCACUUCGCAUGUUUCCUCCUCUGCCCAUCAUGAACAGAGUGUGCACAAAAAACUAUGUCAUUCCCGGCACAAAGACCUUGAUGGAGAAGGGUACUUUGGUGGUGAUUCCCACUUGGGCUAUGCAAAACGACCCCAAGUACUUUGAAAAUCCGAGAGACUUUUACCCUGACCGGUACGAGGACGAGAAUUUGCUGAAAAACAACUUUGUCUACAUGCCGUUUGGAGAAGGACCGCGCCAGUGUAUUGGAAUGCGUUUUGCUAAAAUGCAGUCGAAACUUGGUCUGUACUCGAUUCUGCGCCACUUUGAAAUAUUGGAAAGCCCGAAAACUGCAUACCCGCCUGUUUGGGACCCCAAGCUGUUCCUUCUGUCAGCCACAAACGAUAUCUUCAUUCAAUUGAAAUCAAUUUGAGUUUUAUAAAUUCUCUUUAAAAUUUUUUCCAAAUCAGGAAUAAUUAUGUGGUUGUUGGUCCAAUCUUUUGAUAUUUUUUCAAACAAUAUAUUAUUUCAACUGA